UGUGUGUCAAAAUAGAACUGUCAUUUAGGGUUCAGUGUCACAGGCAAUACUUCCGCUCUUUCCUACCCAACUCGCGGAGCAAAAUGCAGCAAAAGCGCAGAGAACCCGUGCAGGCCGUGCAAGUUUUCGGACGCAAGAAAACCGCCACCGCCGUAGCUUACUGCAAGCGUGGUAGCGGUCUCCUCAGGGUCAACGGACGUCCCCUCGAGCAGAUUGAACCCAAAGUUCUGCAAUACAAACUGCAGGAGCCACUCUUGUUGCUCGGCAAGGAGAAAUUCGCCGGCGUUGACAUCCGUGUGCGCGUCAGUGGUGGUGGUCAUGUUGCCCAAAUCUACGCCAUCCGUCAGGCUAUUUCCAAGGCCCUAGUUGCCUUCUACCAGAAAUAUGUCGAUGAAGCUUCGAAGAAGGAAAUCAAGGAUAUUCUGGUACAAUACGAUAGGACCCUCCUGGUUGGCGACCCACGUCGCUGCGAGCCCAAAAAGUUCGGUGGUCCAGGUGCCCGUGCUCGUUACCAGAAGUCAUACCGUUAAAAGUUCUGCUGGUUUUCAAAUUGGAUUUAGAUAUUUUGUACAACUUGAAAAUAUUUGCGCGCUUUCUCUGACAUUGAGAUACAUGUGAAUAAACAGAAUAAUAAUUAAUUUUAUAAA